GCCUAUCCAGGUGUCCCUCAUGUCCGCCAUUCCCAGGAUUCUACUCCCACAGACAAACUCUCCGUAUAAAAACUAAAAAUUCCCCAUCUGCAAUCAACCACCGCAUCACCAAUCUUCAAUCUUUUCCUUCUUCCCAAACACACUUCUAUAAACCAUUCUGAAACCGUCCUAAUAUCAACAUUCCAUCUUCAUUGUGCUCCUGGGUUUCUUCCUCUCUCUUCCUCUCCUCCAUCGCCAUGGCAACCCCCGAAACCACUAUCGCGGACCCACAGAGCGAGAAGAAUGUGUAUUCAGUGUGGGCGAUCCCACCCGAUGAUGUUGCAGCCAGGCUGAAGAAGCUGAUGGAGGGACUAAGAGCCGAGUUCGGUGGGCCCCAAUUCGAGCCCCACAUCACGGUCGUUGGGGCCAUCAGUUUGACGGCUGAUGAUGCAGUCGCCAAGUUCAGAUCCGCUUGUGAAGGUCUCAAGGCCUAUACUGCUACCGUUGAACGUGUGGCUACCGGGACUUUCUUUUAUCAGUGUGUUUACCUUCUCAUCCAUCCCACGCCUCAGGUAGUGGAAACUAGUACACAUUGCACAGGACAUUUUGGUUACAAGAGCUCCACUCCAUAUAUGCCCCAUUUGAGCCUUCUUUAUGGGGAUUUAAGUGAGGAUGAGAAGAAAAAGGCUCAAGAAAAAGCUAACAUUCUUGACGAAAGCAUUAGUGGUUUGAGCUUUCAAGUAACUCGGCUUGCGUUGUACAAAACGGACACUGAAGAUAAAACCCUCAAAUCUUGGGAGAAGAUUACCGAAUGCACUCUUGACUCCAAUUAGCUCUGUUCUUUUUCCUAAUGCUUAUUUUAUAGCCUAAUAGCUUGUGAUGAUUUUUCCAUACAUGAACGAAUUCCUCAUAUGAGAUAUGACAUUCAGUUCUUCAAUGUGAUGUUUUAUAAUACCUUGAGAUCAAUAGUACAUGUAGAUAUAAUCCAACUACCAUAGCUCACAUCCACACGGAACAAGUUACAAUGUACUGUUCUAAUUGAGGAAUUUUUAUUAUGAAUGUUCUAGAUUGAAAAUUUGAA